GGGUCACCAGGCAUCAGGUCAUUUGGCUCGACAGCGGGCACCGCGUCAUCUGGCAAGGCAGUGGGCUCCGAGUCAACUGGCAGGACCGCGGGCACUGGGUCAAACAUUGGAUCGUCUGGCUGGACAGCGGGCAUCGGGUCACCAGGCAUCAGGUCAUUUGGCUCGACAGCGGGCACCGCGUCAUCUGGCAAGGCAGUGGACUCCGAGUCAACUGGCGUGACCGCGGGCACUGGGUCAGACAUUGGAUCGUCUGGCUGGACAGCGGGCAUCGGGUCACCAGGCAUCAGGUCAUUUGGCUCAACAGCGGGCACCGCGUCAUCUGGCAAGACAGUGGGCACCAAGUCACCAGGCACGACCGUGGGCUCUGAGUCAGGCAUCAGGUCACCAGGUAUGACAGCGGGCACUGGGUCACCAGGCAUCAGGUCAUUUGGCUCGCCAGCGGGCACCGCGUCAUCUGGCAAGGCAGUGGGCACCGAGUCACCAGGU